UUCAUGGCUGCUCGUGCUUGUGUCCGUCGUGAACGGCGUCCAUAUUACUAGCGCUCUGCUGAGGGGGGAAGAUAUACGCUCGCGCGCGCACGCACGCACACAUACACAUACACUCAUAUAUAUAUAUAUACACACACACACACAUACACACGGAGUCCCGUGUUUAUAAACUGCCGCCAUGUAGCCUGGUUUAUUUGAUGAACAUUCAUUUUAUUUACCUCUACGGGGAUUUUAGUUGCGAAAUAGUUUUGUGUGUGUGAGAGAGAGAGACAGAUAUAACAAUGGUUUGCUAAUGAUACACUGCUAGCUAGCUGGCCGGCGAAUGUAUUAAGCUAGCUAGCUGGCUGGCUAGCUAGCCGUCUUGCUAAAUGCUAUUCGUAUAUAAUAGCCGCUGGCUCUAGGCGAUAGCAUAACAAGAUGGUUGCUAACCGGGGUGGCUAAUGCGGCAGGUAAAUAAUACCAAGAGAUGAUUAUUAGCCCAAACAAAACCUUAUCUAGCGCAGUGCAUGUUCACAAAGUAGUAAACACAUGCGUGGUUCGUGCUAUCCUGUAAAUAACACACUUCAUUUCACACGUACUUUACCUCCGGCCUCGGAAUAUCGGUAGCCUGCUGCUAGUUAGCAACAUAUUUAGGCUCAGGAGCUAAGAUAUUGAGAGAGAUUGUACACUCGUUCUUUGCUUAGCUCUCUUAAAACACAGCUUAUUGUGCAGAGUACUCAAAUAAAAAAGGCUCGAAACAUGUAGGCUCUAUAGGAAUAUAUGCAUCUGCCUGAACUGUUCAAAUCAAUGAGAACAUGUUUACAUCUUGAUCUGACUGAAAAGCUAACCCUGUUCCAGCAUGUCAGAAACUUUGAAAUAUGUGGAUGAUGAACACAAAACUAUUUUCCUGAAGAUUUUGAACGAGCAGAGACUAGAAGGUGAGCACUGUGACAUAGCCGUGGUGGUCGAAGACGUCAAGUUCAGGGCACAUCGAUGUGUGUUAGCAGCCUGCAGCAAUUACUUCAAAAAGCUUUUUAAGAAGCACGAGGUGGACAGUUCCUCGGUCAUCGAGAUCGACUUCAUUCGCUCCGACAUCUUCGAAGAGGUGCUGAAUUACAUGUACACAGCGAAGAUUUCAGUCAAGAAGAAAGAUGUCAAUUUGAUGAUGUCAUCUGGACAAAUACUUGGAAUACGUUUUUUGGACAAGCUCUGCUCUCAGAAACGCGACAUGUCCUCCGAGGAGAAAAAUGACCAUAAAAAUGCCAAAUAUCCUUAUGACCUGGUGAAAAUGGGACUUCAACCAGAUGAGCCCCAGUUAAAUCAAGAUGGUGAUGUCCAGGUCAUUGGGGACCAGGACGACACACCUUCUGACGAUAUUGUAGAGGAGCCUCAAGGCAAUCAUGAUCUAGACAAAUCACCAAACAGUGCCCUGCGAGUGGAGGAAGCCACCUCACUAUUGAAAGAGUUAACCCAGGAGGAAGUACACAAGGUUGCCUGUUAUGAUCAGGAUGUGGAAGCAAUGGACACUGAGCCCAAAGAGCUUGCCGCUCACACCCAGACCCUCGCGUUCGCUGACAGCAUGGGGGAUGUUAAGGAUGAGCAAGCUCCUGGGUGGAGCACGGCUACUGCAGACAUGAAACUCGAAUACCUGCUGUAUGGCCACAGGGACCAGUUCGCCUGCCAGGUUUGUGGGAAGACCUUCGUGGAUGAGAACCGGUUGAGGAAACAUGAAAAGCUGCAUUCUGCCGAGAGACCGUUCAUAUGUGAGAUAUGCACCAAAGCGUUCACCACACAGGCACACUUGAAAGAGCAUUUAAAAAUCCACACUGGCUUCAAACCCUACAGAUGCGAAGACUGUGGCAAGUCUUUCAUCCGCGCCCCAGAUCUGAAGAAACACGAGAGGGUGCACAGCAACGAGCGUCCCUUCAACUGCCACAUGUGUGAAAAAGCUUUUAAACACAAGUCCCAUCUGAAGGACCACGAACGGCGACACCGGGGCGAAAAGCCUUUUAGGUGUAGCUCCUGCACCAAGGCCUUUGCCAAAGCAUCUGAUUUGAAGAGACAUGAGAACAACAUGCACAGUGAGAGGAAGCAGCUGUCUGCAAACAGCUUGCAGAGCGAGACUGAACAGCUGCAAGCAGCAGCGAUGGCAGCAGAGGCUGAGCAGCAACUGGAAUCCAUAGCAUGCUCGUAACAUAACGUGUGUGUGUGCGUGUUCAAUACACUCACACUAAUGCACUGUAGAACAAUUUUUUCUUACCCAUUUCGAUAUGGUGAACAGAUGCAGUCUUAUUGUUUUGGUCUUGUUUUAAGUUCAUUUUUUUGAACUAUUAGAAUAUCAGAACUUGAUAGUUUAUUAAUUUUAGACGGAUGAGUUGAUUAACACUGUUGAAUGUUUUUAUUUUCUUCCAAAUGUAAAUGGUGCAAGAUUUUUUUUUUCCACUGUAAACUUCAUACCAAAUGUAUUUGCGUAUUUGUGGCAGUGCAAUGGACAUUGGAUUGUACUGACUACACUUGUUGACACAGUACACAUGCACAGUGCCAGUUUUGCUAAGAAAACAGAAUUAUCAAAAAUUGCUGAUGAAAAUUAUGUCUUUGAUGGUCAGUCUUUCCAUCAACUAUCACACAAGAUGAAAAGAUUUACCUUAUUGAUAUUUUUGCUGUAAUAAAAAAAAGAACAUUUCCAAAA